UGUUUCAGAAUACCGGAAGUGCGCUUAUACAAAAUCUGUUUCGGCCGAUGCAACUAGAGAUGGCUCUGGGGAGUGCAGCUCCCACGAGCUUCCAACACCGCUGCGGGAUGACCGCGGCACUCAUAUUGGUCGUCUGCGUGGCACUAACAAAAUCUGCUCCGACAACUUACGAUGAAAUCGAAGCAAAACGGACUGACUUGGCGGACUAUUUUAAUGACCCGAAUGGCUGUUACUAUAACUAUCAACACUACGAAGAAGGUGACCGCAUAGUAACCAACGAACCGUGUUUAAACUGUACUUGCCACAAUAGAAUGCUGAUGUGCUACCUGAGAGUGUGUCCUUUUUCAAAAGCAAUUGGACAAGACUGUACGGUACAGAAAUCACCGGAUCAAUGUUGUCCCACCAUAUCUUGCCCGGAAGUUGGUUCGGAUGUUACAGUGCCAGUACACCUGUUGACCAGUUCAACCACACCGACACCGACGACAACAACCGAAAUUGGAUGGCACGACAAUUACGGAUGCAUGAUGGACGAAAACGAAUUCUUUCCCGAUGGGGCACAGGUUCCUCCCAAUCCGAAAAAACCUUGUGAACUCUGUUACUGUAUCAGAAACCGAACAGCUUGCAUCAUGCAAGAGUGUACGUUGCACGUGGAAGGUUGUCGACCAGUAUAUCAUGAAGGCGUUUGCUGUCCUGUUCGAUACGAUUGUGAUUAUGAAAGUGAAAAAUCUACUACGUCGGCACCACAAAUCACUGGUGGGCUAGUCUUUUCCACUACUUCCGCUCCGUUUGAUUGCCGAGUUAACGAGGACACUUACCGAGAUGGAGAGUCUAUUGCUAUGGUCUCGGAUAAACCUUGCGAACAUUGUUAUUGUAUGAGAGGUGAUAUUGUGUGUGCAGUUCAAGACUGCGGUGAACCUCUCAGAGGAAAAGACUGCACACCGGAAACACCACCGGCUGGUCAAUGUUGUCCAACUUCGUAUCAAUGUGCAAAUGAAACGAACAGUUCGUAUGACGCAUCAACGCUACAACCAAUGUCGCUGAGCGAUUCAGACGAAAACGAAGCCGAAAAGUUCCCAUUAAAUGAAGAUAUAUACAAUAAACUGGGAGAAAACCAACCAACAAGUGAGCAAGACGACGGAAAUAAUGUGGAUGAUGAUACUACAGCAGCUUCUCCAGACAGUCAUAAUAAUGCAGGAGAAACAAAUAUACUACCUAAUAGUGAUGGUGCAAAUAAAUUAAACGAAGAAAAUAAGCAUGAAACUUCGAGUGCCACGCCAAAUUUAAUAAAUCAAGAAAACUCUGUCGGUACAGAAUCUGGACAAGCUAAUUAUGACAGUACAGACAAACCUAAUGAGCCAACAAUAAUCGACGAAACGCAACCGGCGUCUGAUCCUUCGUCAAAUGAAAAUGCUGUUCCUUCUACCACUCAGACAAUUACCUAUAAAAAUGAUGACAAUAAUGUUGACCAAGAAAAUAUAAGUAACGAAAUUCCGGAUAAACACCCAAUUCAAGAUGUUAUUACUUCCAACUUACCAGUUGCGUCUACGGAAAAUACUGUAGAAAGCGCCACACAAAGUUCAAAUGUCCAAGAUAAACCUCAAGAAGAUAUUACUACUGAAAAUAUUGCUGUAAUUGAUAAAGAGCCCAUUACAUCAAAUGAUAACGAACAAACACACUCGGACACUAAACCACAAUCUGAAAUAGCCUUCAAUGAGAAUCAAAAUCCUACCAAACAAGAAAAUCAAGACAGUGCUCAAUCAGAAAUUGAAUCUCCAACUGAAAUCCCUAAAGUAGAAAAUGAACAGGCUGAACAAAAUAAACCAGUAGUGGACAGUACUUCUGGUACUGAAAUCCAACAAGAAUCUGAUAAGACACCUUUAGCUCAAAAUAACCAGGAUAGUCCUCAGUCAGAGAAUGUAUCUCCAACUGAAAUUCCAAAAGUAGAAAAUGAAAUCAACGAUCAAAAUAAACCAGCAGUAGACGGCACUUCAGCAUCUGAUAAGAAACCAGUAGGACAAAUAAAUCAAGAUAGUCUUCAGUCAGAGAACGUAUCUCCAACUGAUGUCCCCAAAGUAGAAAAUGAACCGACUGAACAAAAUAAACCAGUAGUAGAAAGUAUUUCUGGUACUGAAUACCGACCAGAAUCUGAUAAGACACAAACAGGACAAAUAAAUCAAGACAGUCUUCAGUCAGAGAACGUAUCUCCAACUGAUGUCCCUAAAGUAGAAAAUGAACCAACUGAGCAAAAUAAACCAGUGGUAGACAGCUCUUCUGGUACUGAAAACCAACAAGAAUCUGAUAAGACACCUGUAGCUCAAAAUAACCAGGAUAGUCCUCAGUCAGAGAAUGUAUCUCCAACUGAAAUUCCAAAAGUAGAAAAUGAAAUCAACGAUCAAAAUAAACCAGUAGUAGACAGCACUUCAGAAUCUGAAAACAAACCAGAAUUUGGUAAGACACCUGUAGAACAAAUACAUCAAGAUAAACCUCAGACAGAAAACGUGUCUCCAACUGAUGUCCCUAAUGUAGACGAUGAACCCACAGUACAAAUCAAACCAGCUGUGGACGGUACUUCGGGAGCUGCAAACCAACCAGAAUCUGAUAAUACCUCGGUAGCUCCAAAUAACCAGGAUAGUUCUCAGUCAGAGAAUGUAUCUCCAACAGAAAUUCCAAAAGUAGAAAAUGACUCCACCGAACAAAAUAAACCAAUAGUCGAUGGUCCUACAGGAGAAAAAAAUCAACUGGAAUCAGAUAUAAUGCCCCAACAACAAAAUAAUCAAGACAAUCCUCAGUCAGAGAAUGUAUCUCCCACUGAAAUUUCAGAUGUAGAAAAUGAACCGACUGAACAAAAUAAACCAGUGGAAGACAGUACAUCGGGAACUGAAAAUCAAGCAGAAUCUGAUAAUAAAAAUGUAGAACAAAUAAACCAAGACAGUCCUCAGUCAGAGAAUGUAUCUCCAACUGAAAUUCCAAAAGUUGAAAAUGAACCGACUGAACAAAAUAAACCGGUAUUGGACAGUUCUUCAGGAGCUGCAAACCAACCAGAAUCUGAUAAGACCCCGGUAACACCGAGUAACCAGUAUAAUCCUCAGUCAGAGAAUGUAUCUCCAACAGAAAUUCCAGAAGUAGAAAAUGACCACACUGAACAAAAUAAUCCAAUGGUGGACAGUAGUGCAGGAGCUGAAAAUAAACCGGAUUCUGAUGAGACACCUAUGGUCCAAAAUAACCAGGUUAAUUCUCAGCCAGAAAAUGUAUCUCCAACUGAAAUAUUUGAAGUAGAAAAUGAACCAACUGAACAAAAUAAACCCGUAGUGGAUAAUACUUCUGGUACUGACAGCAAACCAGAAUCUGAUAAGAUAACAGUAGGACAAAUAAAUCAAGACAGUCCUCAGUCGCCAGAGAACUUAUCUCCAACGGAUAUUCCUAAAGUGGAAAAUGAACCGACUGCACAAAAUAAACCGGUAUUCGACAGUUCUUCAGGAGCUGCGAACCAACCACAAUCAGAUAAGACUUCGGUUGCACCAAAUAACCAGGAUAGUCCUCAGUCAGAGAAUGUAUCUCCAACUGAAAUCCCCAAACUAGAAAAUGAACCAACUGAACAAAAUAAACCAGUGUUGGACAGUACAUCUGGAACUGGUAAUCAACCGGAAUCUGAUAAAAUACCUGUAGAACAAAUAAACCUAGAUAGUCCUGAGUCAGAGAAUGCGUCUCCCACUGAAAUUCCAAAAGUAGAAAAUGAACCGACUGAACAAAAUAAACCAGUAUUGGACAGUUCUUCAGGAGCUGCAAACCAACCAGAAUCUGAUAAGACCCCGGUAACACCAAGUAACCAAGAUAGUUCUCAGUCAGAGAAUGUAUCUCACACUGAACAAAAUAAACCGGUAUUGGACAGUUCUUCAGGAGCUGCAAACCAACCAGAAUCUGAUAAGACCCCGGUAACACCAAGUAACCAAGAUAGUUCUCAGUCAGAGAAUGUAUCUCCAACAGAAAUUCCAGAAGUAGAAAUUGACCACACUGAACAAAAUAAUCCAAUGGUGGACAGUAGUUCAGGAGCCGAAAACAAACCGGAAUCUGAUGAGACACCUAUUGCCCAAAAUAACCAGGUUAAUUCUCAGCCAGAAAAUGUAUCUCCAACUGAAAUACCUAAAGUAGAAAAUGAACCAACUGAACAAAAUAAACCAGUAGUGGAUAAUACUUCUGGUACUGACAACAAACCAGAAUCCGAUAAGAUAACAGUAGGACAAAUAAAUCAAGACAGUCCUCAGUCGUCAGAGAACGUACCUCCAACUGAUGUCCCCAAAGUAGAAAAUGAACCAACUGAACAAAAUAAACCAAUAGUGGAUAGUACUUCUGGUGGACAAAACCAACCAGAAUUAGAUAAGACCCCGGUAGCUCCAAAUAACCAGGAUAGUCCUCAAUCUGAGAAUGUAUCUCCAACUGUAAUUCCAAAAGUAGAAAAUGAACCAACUGAACAAAAUAAACCAAUAGUGGACAAUACUUCUGGUACUGACAAUAAACCAGAAUCUGAUAAAACACCAGUAGGACAAAUAAACCAAGACAGUCCUCAGGCAGAGAACGUAUCCCCAACUGAUGUGCCUAAAGUAGAAAAUGAAUUGACUGAACAGAAUAAACUAGUACAAUCAGAUAAAACACCAGUAGAACAAAAUAAUCAAAGUAGUCCCCAAUCAGAAAAUACAUAUUCAACAGAAAUUCCAUCCAAACCUUAUAAACCACAAUCUGAAAAUAGCCCUAUACAACCAGGAGCACCAGUAGCUUCAGAAAAUGAUGGUGCAACAGAACAACCAAACGAAGAUAAUAAUAUAUUUGUCGUAUCACCAACAUCACCACCACUGUUUUCGGAUAAUCAAGUUAAAGGUGAAGAGUCUACUUCAAUAACCAAUGUAAACAAUACCAGUGAUAAAUAUUCGUCGACAGAAAAGAACGAAGACAAGACGGUUGAGGUUCCAAAACCAUCAGCUGAUGACAAAACAUCGUUUACUGAUACCGCCGACAAGGUCAAUGGAGUACCAGCAAGUCACACGGAUACAGUUACAAAAGGCCAAAGCGUGAUACCGCAAGCUAAUGAUGAAAAUGAUGAAAAUGGAAUAAACGUAAAGCCAGUUGACGAUCAAGUGAACAGUGAUGCUAUAACAGAUAGCCCGGUUAAUUCUUAUGAAAAGUUACCUGCCGAUUCUGAACACAACAAUAACAAAUUUGGAUCGAACAACCCUGUGAGUGUGGAACCAGCGGUUACGCCAACGACUGGAAUAAACUAUGACGUUAACACGGAAAUAAUAAAUCAUGGUAUAUCGGUAGAUAAUCCUUCAUCUCAUGAACAUCAACCAGUGGACGAACAUUCAGGAGAAAAGUACGAAAAUAAUCCCAAUGCUGAUUCUGUAGAGCACCAAAUCGCACUUCAAACUGAAAAUCCAACUGAAUCAGAAACUUCGACAAAUAAAUAUCCAUCGUCUGCUGAUGAACAAGCAAAUGAUGUCACUACUUAUUCACCACAACUACAAAUAGUUGAUAAUAAUAUUCCUGUAAAUCCUCAAGUUAUCAAUCCUAGUGAACCAAUAACGACACAGGACGAAACGAAAACACCAAACGACUUGUCGGCAAACGGUUCACCCGAUCAAUCUUCCAAUAGUUAUGCACCAACCGAAAUGAACGGAGUACAAAUUUCAGAAGCUUUAACAGAAUUGCCUGUAUUGUAUGAUGGUAACGGUGAACAAUCUAUUAACACUCAAGUCCCAGAACAAAGCAAUGAAUAUGAAAACGUCACUCCUCACGAACAAUCACAAGACGAAAAUGUCAACGAGAUUGUAGAUCAAACAGCAGUAUACCCAGAUGCUCCUUCGGAUGAUAAAAAUAAUUUGUUUACGAGUAUUGCACCAAAUCUUAAUAACGUUGACAAUGUUACUCCUUCCUCUGAUAAAAUAGAAACUGGUUUAAAUUCACAAAUAUCUGAUGAAAAACCAGUUCAAAAUACAAUUGGAGACGUUUCAGUCGGAAGUUCUACUAUUCAAACGAUUUUGGGAAGUGUAGGUAAUGCAGACAAUGUAGUGACAACAAAUAGCUAUGACGAUGUAGUGGCGUCUACAGAUGCACCUACGAGUCAAAUGAUUGAAAACGGUUCACAAGUAAAUCCAUCGAAUGCUGUUGAAACGGGCGUAAACAAUGAUCGACCAGAGAAUGUUGUACCACAAGUAAGCACUAAUGAAGAUUCAACUCAGUACAGCGUGGGUGAUGAUUCAACGAAUAGCCCUAUCCAAGAAUCUCCAAAUAUGAAUAUUAUCAAUGACGUGGAGCCGAGUACCAAUACACCAUAUAAGCCAGAAGGUCCAAAUGAAAUAAAUCAAGAUUCAAAUACUGAAUCUGAGUUAUAUGCGACUCAGUCGCCUACAGAAAAAAAUAUAUUAAACGCCAAUCCAAUUGUUGAUGAAAAGCCGGCUGAAAGUCCACAAAAUGCUGACUCGCCAUUCGUAUCUAAAACGCCAGAUUACGUUAUAGAUAUAACAACAUCAAGUUAUAGUGAAUCAUCAAAUGCCGCAGAAUCGAUCGUAGCGAACGAACCAGUUGAUUCUGUAAAUGAAGUAGCCACAUCUAAUGUUGACAAAGAUAGUGACGUAGUAACAGAACAAUACGAAAUUGUACAACCUGGAGUACCAGGGGAGGGAAGCUGUUUGAUCGAUUUUGUGACUUAUGCACACAAAGCUGAAGUGCCAAAAUCUAACCCGUGUCAUGAAAAAUGCGAGUGUUUAAAUAGUAUAGUCACGUGUACUUCUGUAAACUGCCCGCCUGCACCACCUCAACAUAGAAAUUGUAUACCUUUACACCCAGGAAACGAAUCGUGGUGUUGCCCAACAUAUAUGUGUGAAGGAGGCAUAGAAGGAAUGUUAUUUGAUAGUCACAAUCAACUUGGUUCUCCUCAAUUAAUAUCCACUGUGGUAUUAGAAGAUAAGCCUGGCGAAGUAAAUGAUUAAAAAACUCAGACUGGCGAGGAUAUAUUAAGCACAUCCAAUCCUCAAACUUUACAAGAAUACAGCACUUUAGCCCCAUCACAAUUCGAUUCGAAUUCUAAUAUAAAUUCUGAAGAUAAUGUCGGUGUUACCGAGGUUCCAGCACAUACUGAAAUCUCAUAUAAACCUAUAGAAGAUAUUGUAUCUAUAGAUGGUGAAAACGAUGUACCAGUUACUGCAGUUAAUCUUGAAACAAUAGACAGUGAAAAACCUGUAAGUAGUUAUCCGUCAUUAGAAAAUGAAAAACCAGACAAUAGUGAUAAACCAGAAGAAUAUGAAAAACUGGAAGAAAACAAUAAACCAACUGAAAGUGAUCAACUAAUAGAAAAUAAUAAACCGACUGAAAUUAAUCAUCCGAUUGAAAACCAAAAACCAAUCGAAAAUACUGAAGCUGAUUUUACAACGACUGCUUACGUAACCGAUGAUCAAUCAAUAACAUACAAACCAGAAACGAUAAAUAAUAUCGAAGAACAGAAUGUAUUGAUCAACACGGUCAAUGAAUCCCAAGACCUAGUACCGUCAACCCAGACGCCAGAAAACUAUGAACCUUCAGUAACAAAUGCAAUUCCUGCUAGUGAUCAAAAUAGACCAGAACAAAACUCUGAAUCAGACGUCUCAAUAGCCGCCACUACAUACAAGCCUGGUGAUUCUUCUUUAGAUCAACAAGCGGAGACUGAUAAUAAAGCAAGCGAAGGGUCUAAUAAUCCAUCCACCAAUGAAGAUUCCAACUCGAAACCCGCCGAUGGAGUGAUGGAUUUGUCCGUGAGCGAAGUUAAUCCAUUAGAAGUAGGAACUGAAAUGCCCACGGUUGUAGCAGACGAAAAACCUAUGGUUUCCGAUAAUAAUGUUGGCGGUUUGAGACCAUCGAGUAUUGAUGACAUUAUUUCUUCGGUUUACUUGGUCAAGGACGCGGUUAAAAACUCGUUAGAAACUUCAUCAAAACCUACUGAAACCUCAGACCAACAGGCUGGAUUAUUCGAAGACGACAAUCAACCAACAAUUGUGCCCGAAAAUUCUGCACAGGAUCAAUACAAUAACGAAUCUCAGACCACUGCGAGCAGUAUAAUUGGCACCCCAGAAUCUCAACAAACAGAUGCAGUAAACGAAAUGUCACCAGAAAUUCCCACAGCUACGACGGAAUCAAACAUUUUGCCAUCGUCCGAAAACACCGCAGAUGGAGUGGAGGGAGCUACCCAAAUUCCAAACAUAUUACCACAGUCCGAAGUAAAUUCCGACAACCAAGGAGUAUCGACCGAUUUACCAUCUAACCGUCCUGGAGUUGAAACGGUAGUUGACGAUAGCAAAACUCCGGUAGAAUCUCCGACAACGCAACGCUUGCCAAGUUCCGGUGAGCAAGACUUGACGAAUGACAGCGGACCGGAAACUCCUAGUGAUCCAAUUCUGCCCCAUGGUCAGAACGCCGCUGAACCAAAUACCAACUCACCGCCAUCAGAAGUAGCUGCGGUGGUCAAUGACAACAAGACACCUGAGACCACUUCACCGUCGUCCGAACAACAUGAGGUGCCUGUAGAUACAGUGGCAGUAGACAAACCAGUCGCGGAAGAUAAGCCAGAUGACGUGAAUAGUCAAAUUAAUCCCGAUUCGGAUGUGCCAGCGGAAGUCCCUGCACAAGUAGCGGUGACCAGUCGGCCAGAAGCCAGUACUCCAGACGACAAUAACAAUAGGUUCAGCGAACCAAGUAGCUCAUCGUUCCGCCCGCCUGUCCUAGGAGGAAACGUCAACAAUCACUAUAAUGGACAUCCUAGACCGGAAACCGUUGGUGCUGUGCACAUACCUAUUGACACGGAGACGCCUGCGUUCAACCCUUCCACAAACGCUCCGCUCGCGACUUACCCCCAGAAGCCUUCGUACACACCAAUCCCACAAUCAACAUGGACUCAAAAACCAUUCCACCAAGACUCCACCUCCGAAGCACCUUUACAACCAGAUCAAGGUUUCCCUGACGAGUACGAAGAUGAAAACGAAGCAUCUUAUGGUUCAGGCACAUGCAGGUAUAGUGGCAAGAUGUACGUGUCUGCACAGCAAGUACCCAGGGACGACCCUUGCGAUUUCUGUUUCUGUUUCCGAGGUGACAUAAUUUGCCUGCAACAGAGCUGCCCGCCGCCUAUAUUCGGGUGUUACCAGGAGAACAUACAAGGUUUCUGUUGUCCACGUUACGAGUGUCCGGUGGCCCAGGCCACGUCCGUCAACGUGACCACGUCUACCACUUCAACCACGACCGUAGUGCCACCACAUUUCUUCGCCAACGCCUACCGAGGGGCGGCCAGGCGUACCGGAUGUCUUAUCCAUGGACACGCUUACCGAGUGGGUGAAGACGUGGGAAUCGCUUCUGGUCCUUGCCUCGAAUGCAUAUGCGGUGCAGAUGGCAAGAUGAAAUGCGAUCCUAAGCCUUGCAGUCCAGAACCUAUGCUCAGAAAAAUGAUGGCCGAAGCGAUCGAACAAAAAAGGAGGUGAAUAAUAAGAAAAAAAACGUUCAACGACAAAGUGCCAAAUACCACAGUUAACGACAAUACGAGCAACGAGAACCAAAAGUAGAUGAUCGUCAAUUUUUUUAUAUUACCUUUUUUUACUUUUUUUUUCUCAUUAUUAACCACAUUGCGCGAAAUGUCCACUUUCGCGGCAUUAAGUUGCUCAAAACAUAAAUACCAUCAUUAUUACGACGAAAAAAACAAAAGACAAACAUGGUAUGCCAUCGUGAAAACAUUGGAGACUGGUUCUAAUGAGUAUUUUAUAUUUAUUACUUUUAGUUUAUUUAAAAAAAAAAUAGGUUAGUUAUUUAUUGUAGUAAGACAUUUUUAUAAAGAACAAUAAUUGUUUACAUCAAUUUUUUUUCCAAGCGAUUUUACACAACUGAAUUAAAUUUAAUUUAAUGAUACGAUUAAAAAUUUAGAAAACAUAACUACGUAUAUACAUAGGUAAUAUAAAUUUUAAUAUAAUUGUAGGCAUAAUAGUAAGCGAUACACACCACAUUGCUACAAAAAAUUACAUUUUUAUUUAACUUUUAUACUCUUUUUUUAUAUGGAAAAAUCUAACCGUCCAGACACAAUUAAUUCCGAAUUUUUUUUCUAAAAUGUUUUUUAUGCCGUAUACAAUACACACCACAUCGCUGCCAUUCACUCGUAAUAUCUAAGAAUUAGGUACGAAUCUACGAAAUGAUCCACCCAAUUAUAUAAUAUUUCGUUUUAACCAAGCCCGAUCAAGACGUGCUCAUAUGCUUUCACAGAUGAAAUGACAUUAAUUAUUAUUAUUAUUAUUAUUAUUAUUGUGACGUUGAAUUAUCUGAGUAGUUUAACAGGCAGAAGUCAAUAUUUAAUCGACUCAACUGUAUUGUGUGCACGAGUCACAAAAAUAUUUAGAGUCGAUAAAUAAUUUUGAAAAACUUCAAGUUUAAGAAUGCUUAGCACACACACAAAGUAAUUUUGGUUUCAAAAUGUCUUCUGCCUCUCGAACACUCAGAUAAACAUGCUGAACGAAUAACAUGUAAAUAUUUUAUAUUGUUCAUAAGUUUAGAUAUACAUUAUUAUACUUAUAAGAUAAGUAUAUGAUUAACAAUUAAUAUUAUAACUAGGCCAAAAAAAUUGUCUACUUAAUAUAAUUAAUGAAUGUAUUUCGAAUAAUGUUUUGCCAAUAAACUAGGUACCUAUACAAUAGUAUGUGAGCAAAUAUAUUAUGUUCGGAUCAUAUUAUUAUACAUUUUUUUAAAUUAUUAUUUACUACUGUUUAAAUUUAAUAUUGUACUUUUAUACAUAGCAUAUUGUGUGUUUUAUUGUGAAUAUUUUUUUUUUUACUGACGUUUUUGUGAUACGAGAUUAUAAUAUUAAUAUUACCUACAAAAUGUAUUAUUUUCUUUAAAAAAAAAUAUAUUUCUAACGCCAUUAUGUACUUUGUUUAAAUAAUAAUGUACUGCUGCAGCAAUUUUCAACUGA